CACCCCAAGGGAAGGCGGUGCGGAUAAAGGCUCCGGGCCGCCCGCUCGGCCCCAGACCAGCCGCUGCCACCGUGCCCUCCGUCUGUAUGUGGGUAGUGUCGGAACUGAGGGGAUUGAGGACUGACUGCGCCUGAUCUUCCGAGCGGCGGCGGUGGUUGUGGCUGUUGCUAAGGGAGGGGACGCACCGGUAAGGGCGGCCAGAGCAGCAGACUGCACCGAGAGUGGCCACCUGAGCGGUGCCCCCUCCUCCAGGACCCUCCUCCGCUCCUGCCGUGUCCUAUUCGUCGCCCGCAGCCCUUGAAAGGAGCCGGAGUGCAGUCCCCACCCCCGGAAGGCGCCCCGACGAGCCUACGCGACCCCGGAGCGCCACUCGGAUUUUUUAUUUCUGAUUUACUUUCCGCUCCUGGGACUUUAUCCAAGGGGACACGCGCCGUCCCCCGCCCCCAGAGACCCCGAGGAUCCCGUUAGGAGAGCCCCCGCCUUGACCGGAGGCGCGGCGAGGAUUGGCGGCGCCCCUCGGACCCCAGCCCCCCAGCGCGGGCCGGGGAUGGAGCCGCAGCCCGGUGGCGCCCGGAGCUGCCGGCGCGGGGCCCCCGGCGGCGCCUGCGAGCUGGGCCCAGCGGCCGAGGCGGCACCCAUGAGCCUAGCCAUCCACAGCACGACGGGCACCCGCUACGAGCUGUCCGUGCCCCCCGACGAGACGGUAGAAGGGCUGCGCAAGCGGCUGUCUCAGCGCCUCAAAGUGCCCAAGGAGCGCCUGGCGCUGCUCCACAAAGACACCCGGCUCAGUUCGGGGAAGCUGCAGGAGUUCGGAGUGGGGGACGGCAGCAAGCUGACGCUGGUACCCACCGUGGAGGCGGGCCUCAUGUCUCAGGCCUCCAGGCCGGAGCAGUCUGUGAUGCAAGCCCUCGAGAGCUUGACGGAGACGCAGCCCCCAGCGGCGCCCGGGCCGGGCCGGGCUGGCGGAGGCGGCUUCCGGAAAUACCGAUUCAUUUUAUUUAAGCGUCCGUGGCACCGACAGGGACCCCAGAGCCCAGAGAGGGGCGGCGAGAGGCCCCAGGUCAGUGACUUCUUGUCGGGCCGCUCGCCGCUGACCCUGGCGCUGCGUGUGGGUGACCACAUGAUGUUCGUCCAGCUGCAGCUUGCUGCCCAGCAUGCCCCACUGCAGCACCGCCAUGUGCUGGCCGCUGCUGCCGCCGCUGCCCGCGGGAACCCCAGUGUGACUAGCCCCGUGUCCUCACCCUGCCGGCCAGUGUCCAGCACUGCCCGCGUCCCCCCGGUGCCCACCAGCCCUGCCCCUGCAUCUCCUCCACCUGUCACAGCCGGCUGCUUCCGGUCCCACUCGGCCUCCACUGCCUGCCCCGAGCAGAUGGACUGUUCUCCCCCUGCCGGUGCUGGAGCCAGCCCCUCGUCCGCCCCCGGGGGCAGUUCCACCUCCCGCUCCCGCAAACCCGGUGCCGUCAUCGAGAGCUUCGUGAACCAUGCCCCAGGGGUCUUCUCAGGGACCUUCUCUGGCACGCUGCACCCCAACUGCCAGGACAGCAGCGGGCGGCCUCGGCGGGACAUCGGCACCAUCCUGCAGAUCCUCAACGACCUCCUGAGUGCCACGCGGCACUACCAGGGCAUGCCCCCGUCCCUGACCCAGCUGCGCUGCCACGCUCAGUGCGCACCUGCCUCACCUGCCCCGGACCUCGCCCCUAAAACUACCUCCUGCGAGAAGCUGGCAGCUGCAGCGCCGGCCGCCCUGAGCCAGGCCCGCAUAUGCAAGCCCCUGGGGGACCGUCUGCGGCAGACGGAAAACCGUGCCACCCGCUGCAAGGUGGAGCGCCUGCAGCUACUGCUCCAGCAGAAACGGCUCCGCAGAAAGGCCCGGCGCGAUGCCCGUGGUCCCUACCACUGGCCACCCAGCCGCAAGGCCGGCCGCAGCGACAGCAGCAGUGCUGGGGGAGGCAGCAGCCCCAGCGAGGCCGCCGGCUUGGGCCUCGACUUCGAGGACUCCGUCUGGAAGCCAGAAGUCAACCCCGACCUCAAAUCUGAGUUUGUGGUGGCCUAGGAACCGUGUCCCUUGCCCACCCCAGGGUGGCCAGUCUGCCACCCGUUGUGGAGGGCAAGCAGGUGGUCAUCGCCAGGGGAGGCCCCCUCAUGUCCAGCAUCCUUAGGUUGUCUUUUUUUUAUUAUUUUGAUUCUUAACAUGGUUUCCCAAGCCCUCCAUCCUCGCCUGUACUGGGUCCUCCCCACCCACCUUCCCAAGCUCCAAAUAUGUAGCAGUCAGUCUGUCCAGAUGGCUGAGAGCGGAGACCAGGAAGCCGCCCCCACCCCCUUCCGCUCGCCGGCCUCCCCCACCCUCUGCAGGUUCAAGUAAAAAAUGUCCGAUGCCUCAUUAUGCACUUUACAGACAGGGCAGGGCGGGGGCGCACAGAUGACACCCACUGCAGACCCUGGCCUCCACCCUGGCAGGGUCCCUGGGCUCCAGACUGCCACCCCAGGGCCACAGGUGCACCGCAAGGAGGGACUUUCUCUUCCACAUCUGUACUUUUUCUCUUCUUGCUCUCUUUUUUUUCCAAUUUCCUUUUUUCCGGAAAAGAAAAGAAAAGCCGUUUCAGGGGAGAGGCUGGCCAGAGCCUGCCUCGGGGUUUGGGUAGGGGUGGGGUACCCCUUCCGGGAAGGGAAGGGGUGGGCGAACACAGGGCUGCCGCCAGCCUUAACACGCUCCCACAGGCUCCUUCAACACCCCCCUCCCGCUGCACCCCUUCUCUUUCUGAGCUUGCGGUAUUUAUAGAUUUAAUUUUUCUGACUGAGCCAAUAGUGGUUGGGAAUCUUGAAAAUGGGGAGAAUAAUGGCUGGGGGUGGGGGCAGAAGAGACGCCCUCAGCCCUCCUUACUGGGCCAGGCUGAGGGUUCAGCCUCUGGACUGUCGGGUCCCUCAGCCCCUGGGGGGGGAGGGGAGGGGAAAGGGGUGCUGAGCUGUGAAUCCCCCCGACGGGCAGGGGCGACGCUGUAGCAUUAACCCCCGGGGGGGGGGUUCGCUGCUGGUCUACUUUGGACCCUCCCCACUCAUGCCCAUGCCCCAAGGGGGCCCCCCACCUUGCUGGGGCCAUUUCAGUGGGGGUGGAGUGUUUUACUGCUUUUUUUUCCAUCACUUAUUUUUUACUGAUAAUGGAGAUGUUGGGGCCCUGCCUUUGCCCACCUGUUAGUCUCGUCCCGGCCCCACCUUUCUGUCCUGCGACACCCCUACCCUGCCUGUCUCCCUGCCUUUGUCCUCAUAGUGAACCCGAGAUCUUCACCUACUCUAACCCCCCCCAUCCAUUAAUGUGUUUAAAGUUAAUGGUUUCAGAUGUGAACAUCAUGUGUUAACUGUAGCUCUGUAAACUUUUGUGGGGGGGUGGGCAGGGAGGGGUCAAGGAUAUGUUUUGUUUUGUUUUUUUCCAAAAAAAAAAGAAAAAGGGGACGGGUUUGUUUUUGAAGAACUGUCUUGGUUACCUAUUUAAAUGUGUGUUUUGUUUUUUUAACAAUUUUUAAAUAACGCCUGUGCCUCUGGCGGGUCUGAGGGUGGAGGCCCCAGGCAGGAGCCAGCUCACCCCCUCUGCCCUCACCAGGGCCCCCCCAAGAAAGCAUUACCCACCCUUGGAGGGUCGGGCGGUGGGGUGUCACGGCACCUUGCGUGAGUUUCCUGUAUGAAAACAUCAAAUUGGAAAAGAAAAAUUACAACACCGUGAUUUCAAGUAAUAAACAGAAAAUGAACCGGC